AUGAAGGAAAGAAAGGAGGCUGUAAUGGCUGCGGCCGUGGAGAAAGACCUUCCGGCUAAAAGCAUCGACCAUGUGGAAGAAGCCGUCCUCGCCAGCUUGACAGAGGACAAUUUGUUCAAACUUUCUCGAGAGUCGCUGACUAUGCGAUCUUGGACUGGUGUCCGCCUAUGCCUCGUUCUGUUCGUCCAAGGCUGCAACCAGGCAGGUUAUGGUAUCGACUGGGCUGUCAUUGGCGGUAUCAAUGCCUACGAUUCCUGGCAUGAUUAUUUUGGCUUCGGGACCUCUGGCUCAACUUACGGCCUUCUCAAUGCGCUGAUGCAGAUCGGAAUGGCAUGCGGUGCGCCUUUCUAUUCGCUGGCCGACAUCAUCGGCCGUCGCAGCGUCAACUUCCUCGGCAAUUUCCUCGUGGUAAUCGCGUGCAUUCUUCAAGCUACCGCACCGAACAUCAAAUGGUUUAUGGCUGGAAGGUUCUUCAUGGGUUUCGGUACUGCCCUAAUGUCAAGCUCGCAAUACAUGGGUGAGAUUUCGCCCACCCACCUUCGAGGUCUCUUAGUCGGUAUUUUCGGCGCCUGCUUCCAGAUCGGCAGUAUGUGCAUGAGUGCGGCCCUGAUCGGGAUCAACAAGGUUGACGGCAACCUGCAAUGGCGUUUGCCUCUGUACCUCAACAUGAUAUUCCCGGCACUGGUCUGCUUGGGAAUGUACACACUUUGUCCCGAGUCUCCCCGUUACUACAUCAUGCGAGGGCAGCGUGACAAAGCCCGGCGCGUCAUUGCCAAAUACCACACAACAAGCGGCGACAUCAACCAGCCGAUUGUGAACAUUGUGGUCUCUCAAAUGGAAGCCUCCAUUGAAAACGACCGCGCCGGCCACCAGAAGUUCUGGGACUUCUCCGUCUUUCUGAAGCGCACCGUGCACUAUCGCCUUCUAGUACUGGCCCUCUACUCUGUAUUCCAGCAGUGGAACGGCGGCGGCAUUAUCACCUACUACAUGGUGCCUGCCUUGAACACGAUUGGCAUCGAGGAGUCGAUCAAGAUCCAAGGAAUCCAACUCGGCACAACAGGUGUCUACUUCGUCUUCACCGCAGUAGGUGCCCUCAUCAUCGACAAAUUCCGCCGAAGAACCAUGAUAUUCGCCGGGCUAGGAACGAUGAUCCUUUUCCAGACAACAACGACGAUUACAUCCUGGCAGUACGACGUGAACGGCACCAAGGCCGCUGCCGGACUCACAGUCCUCUGGAUCUACAUGUACCAGACCUUCUCGGCAAUGUUCGUCGCGACAAUGCAUAACCUCUACCCCAUCGAAAUUCUCUCCUUACCGCUUCGUUCAAAGGGUAUGGCCCUGUAUACCCUCAUUCAGUCAGCGGCCGGGGCGGUACAAACGUAUGGGAUAAGCGUCGGGAUUAACAAGCUUGGUUACAAGAUUUGGGUGGUCUAUAUUGUUUAUAACACGGUGCAGCUUGUGUUGUCUUACUUUGUGUUCCCUGAAACUAGCAAGUUGACGCUGGAGGAGAUUGAUGCUGUCUUCGAGACGCCUGGGGUUAGGCCUGUCAAGAUGUCGCUGGAUAUUUACCAUGCGAAGCGGGAGAUGCAAGGCGUGCAAGGCGAGGGUGAGGCUUGA